GAUGACACCGUCUGCAGCAGUUGCUUCCCUUGUGAGACAGACAUGCGCCGUGCGGGGGCUUGACUACGGCUGCUGCACGUUGCUGCACGGCACACGGGACACGCAGCGCGCAGCGGAUGGGCGGUGGAAGGAGCAUGGCUGCCAGAUUGACACUAGACGUGGGGCGAGUGCUGGGCAAGGCUGCAAGCCGCUGUGGCUCGUUGCGAUGUCUGUCCACGUCGUGCCAGGUGAUGUCACGGGAGCCGGUGCGCCCCUCCAUGAAGACAGAAGUGCCGGGGCCCAAGUCUCGUCAGCUACAGCAGGAACUUAACAUCAUUCAGGAGGCCGGCGCGGUGCAGUUUUUUGUUGACUACGAGCUCAGCAGUGGCAACUACAUUGCGGAUGUCGACGGAAACAUCAUGCUGGACGUCUACAGCCAGAUCGCCUCUAUCCCGCUAGGUUACAACCAUCCAAAGGUCAUCGAGGCUUUCAAGGACCCCAGUAACCAGGCGACCUUUGUCAACAGACCUGCCCUCGGCAUGUACCCACCACGUGACCUGGUGGAGCGGCUACACACCACCCUCAUGUCGGUGGCGCCACCUGGUAUGAAGCAAGUGCAGACCAUGGCGUGUGGUGCUUGCUCUGUGGAAAAUAGUCUGAAAGCCAUGUUCAUGACCUAUCAGCGACGACGACGAGGAGGACAGCCCCCGUCAGCCGAGGAGCUGACCUCCUGCCUCAAGAACCAGCCCCCGGGGUGUCCAGACCUGUCGGUGUUGUCCUUUAACAACGCCUUUCACGGCCGGACCAUGGGAGCGCUGGCCUGUUCACACACCAAGUGGGUUCACAAGCUGGACUUUCCACAACCCGACUGGCCGGUGGCCGACUUCCCGCAACUCCGCUACCCACUGGAGGAGUUUUCCCGCGAGAACCAACAGGAGGAGCAGCGCUGUCUGGACAAGGUUCGUGAUCUUGUGCACACGUGGAACCGCAAGGGUCGUCCUGUGGUCGGCAUUGUGUGCGAGUCCGUCCAGUGCGAGGGAGGAGACAACUUCGCCAGUCCAGCCUUCUUUCAGGGCCUUCAAGAUAUUGCCCGGGAGAACGAUGCGUACUUGAUGCUUGACGAGGUGCAGACCGGCUGUGGCAUCACGGGAAAGUUCUGGGCUCACGAGCACUUCAAGCUGCGCGAGCCUCCUGACGUGGUGCCGUUCGCCAAGAAGAUGCUGACAGGCGGCUUUUACUACCGGGACGAGCAGAGGCCGACAGAGGCGUUGCGGAUCUUCAACACGUGGGUGGGCGACCCGUCCAAGCUGUCGCUGCUGCAGGCCGUGCUGCAGGUCAUUCGGGAGGACCGGCUGCUGGACAGGGUGCGCGACACUGGGGAGUACAUCCUCACGGGGCUGGUCAGCCUGCAGAAAUCCUUCCCGGGUGUGAUGUCUAACGCCAGAGGUCUGGGUGGACUGUGCUCUGUGGACUUUGCUGACACCGCCACCCGAGACAAGGUCAUGAGGACGAUGCGCAACAAAGGUGUCAACGCUGGCAACUGCGGAACCGUCUCCUUGAGAAUCCGACCGACAUUAACCCUCAACCGACAGCAGGCCGACAUCUUCCUGGACACCCUACGGACAGUGGUCAGCAGUCUCAAGUAAAGUGCAUCAUCAAGAAAGCUUUAGCCUCCGGUAGCCUGCAGUCGCCAGUAAAUACCUUCCUCCACUAGACCCGCAGUCAGCGAGGUCAAGCCUGGUGCAGACGACAGCUCCCCUCUCCACCCUCUUAAUAAAGGUCGUCGAUCCCAUCACUCACCAGAAACUCCGGACAAUAAAGCGGUUUAUAGGAAAAUCGUUUGGUGGAAAUUAAGUUUCAGACAGACCUACAAUCUGUGUCUGAGAUGGUGGGAGUUCAUUGAUAAUUAAUCAGCCUACAGUUUGCACUCAUGUGUAGAAUUAAAUUUAUUCAGUAGUAAUUGGAGUUGUUGACACUGGAGUCGUCAGCAGUCAAUAACGUUUUUUAAUAUCAUUUUUUUGUCAGUCAUUAUUGGGAUGAUAUGGUAAUACGGUGUUUCAUCGAUUGUAUAAAAUUGCUCUCGUCUUUUAUAGCCUUUGUUGUCAUGUCCAAACUCAGUCCGUGUAGCUAGCAGCUGGCUUUUUGUGUUCCAGCUGAGUAGAACUCAUUUUUUAUUACAAUGAACAGACCCACACAGGUGGUUGUCUCAUUUACUCUUGUCAUAAAAUAAGUUUUGUCUGCUAUAAUUUUGAAAGUUUUGUACAUUGGAGUUAUAUUUUGAAUCUUUUUUAAGCAUACACUUACUCAGAAAAUGUGCAUCGUAAAAGCGUGGAACCUGCCAAAUGCAGGUUUAAGAUCACAUUUCUUUCCAGCAAGUCCGUAAGCUUCUAGUCUUUCAAAUAUCUCUGUCUCCAGAGACUUUUCAUGUAAGAAGCACCAAACGCAAUACUGUGCGCUCAAUGCCGCAUGAUCUUGAAGCCAUGUCUCCAUUUAUUAAAAAGAUUUUCCAAGAGAUCAG